GUUUGGGCUAAAAACGAAGCCCACGCCAGAGUAUCUAUCUUUCAAGUAUUCGCCUCCGAAUAAUUUAAACCUACUUCGGUAUAAUGGCCAGAGAUAACACCUUUCUCGCGGGUGGCGUGCGAUCCUAAGAAAGAGCAGAAUGCGGCCGUGCCCCACCUUCCUGCUGGUGCUGCUGCGCUGGGUGCGGUUGCGCAUGUGCGCCAGACGGUGGCGCUACAGCAAUGGCAACAACAGUAGACUACCGCUGUGUGUGAGACAGAGAUGGGCCUACCUAAAACUGAUGGUUAACUCCCUCUAUUACAACUCCCUCACCAACUCUGAUGUCGUCAUGGACUCACUGAUGGAACCCAUCUUCUGGAUGGUGGACCUACUUACCCGCUGGUUCGGGGCGGUGUUUGUCUGUCUGGUGGUGAUACUGACCAGUUCUAUCCUGCUGAUAGCCUACGUGGGUCUGCUGCCCCUGAUUCUCAACACCUACUCUCCACCUUGGAUAGUCUGGCACAUCGGUUAUGGACACUGGAACCUCAUCAUGAUUGUCUUCCACUACUAUAAAGCCACCAAGACCGCCCCAGGAUACCCCCCUACGGUAAAGAAUGACAUUCCAUUUGUGUCCGUGUGUAAGAAGUGUAUCAUCCCCAAACCAGCCAGGACUCACCACUGUGGAAUCUGCAACACGUGCAUUCUGAAAAUGGAUCAUCAUUGUCCGUGGCUGAAUAACUGUGUUGGCCAUUUUAACCAGCGCUACUUCUUCUGCUUCUGUCUCUCCAUGACCCUGGGCUGUGUCUACUGCAGCAUCAGUGGCCGGAACCUCUUCCUAGAUGCUUAUAGUGCUAUAGAGCGCUUCAAACACAUGGACUUGGAUAAAUCAGGUGUCCCGGUGACAGGGAUGGGGCAACUCAUAGGAAUCUUACCUCCUGGGCAGAGCACCUACCAGACCCCUCCUCCUCCCUACACGUUCAGAGACAAGAUGUUCCACAAGAGUAUCAUCUACAUGUGGGUAUUAACUAGCACGGUGGCCGUAGCUCUGGGGGGGCUGACUAUCUGGCACGCAGUGCUGAUAUCCCGAGGAGAGACCAGCAUAGAGAGACACAUCAACAACAAGGAGGCCGAACGCAUGGCCAAACAUGGCAAGGUGUACAAGAACCCCUUUAACUAUGGCAGACUAAACAAUUGGAAAGUCUUCUUUGGUGUGGAGAAGAGAAGUCAUUGGCUGACGCGAGUCCUCCUGCCCUCUGGACAUGCCCCCUAUGGGAACGGCCUGACCUGGGACAUCUGUCCAAUCAGAAAAGACAUGAUUCCCGUCUGAGCCAAAUAGAAAAUAACUGACUUGAGACAUCUACCCAAAUGAAGAAAUACCUGAUGGCUGUCUGACCCCUGACCACACAGACUCUGUCUACAGAGAGAACUACAUCUCCCUGUCACCCCUGUUCCCUACAGGUACUGAAGACCGAUGACCAGGUUAUAUGGAUGAGAAGUGGAGUUCUGAGCUGGAGAGUGAAUACUCAGAGAACUACAGGGAUGGCCAGCAGGGAAGAGAUGGGGAAUGUUUGCAGCACCCAAGUGAAACAAACCUGGUUAUUUCCAUGUAAAAGGACCCAUGAGCACCAACAUGUGAAGUUCAUAGGAGCAUGUCAAAUGAAAGCUAUGAGUCAAUAUUUUAUAGAAAUUAAUGCAUAUAUACAGUUGAAGUCGGAAGUUUACAUACACUUAGACUGGAGUCACUUAAACUUGUUUUUCAACCACUCCACAAGUUUCUUGUUAACAAACUAUA